GAGAGUGUGAGUGUGUGUGUGUGUGUGUGUGUGUGUGUGUUGGCGUCGUAGCGAUGGCCGCUCGGUGGAAGGUCUGCUGCCUGCUCUCUCUCCUCCUGCGGCUGCAGUCGUCUACCUGCCUCGCCCAGGAACCUGCAGACAGAGACGCCGUCUCCCUGCAACAUGGUGAGCAGCACGGUGGGCAGGUGAGGAGCGCCGCUCGGCCCCUCAGGUCGCUGCUGCAGCUGACGCCUCGCUCUGACGGCCCGGGCAGGAAGCUGCUCCAGACCGCCGGCGCCGCCGUGCCCUUCCCGCCCCUGAAGGUCCUGUCCAAUGGGAAGCCCUGCAUCCUGUUCCGGGCCAGGAAGCUUUCUAUUGGCUACCAGAACCAGAAGCAGCUGGAUCUGACCAAUCAGGCGUUCUCUCCUCAUCAGCCUGUCGACAUCAGCGGCUCCACCUGCCACAGGGACAAGGCCACGCUGCUCAUGAGGUUUGGAGACGUGGCGGACCUCAGAGGCUUGUCGAUAAGGCUGCAGCUGUCCAGCACGCUGUACGAGUCCUCGGGCCAGCGCUGGUUCUCUCUCGACGGCGUCUCUCUGCUCUACAACUCGUCUGAAGAAGCCGUGUUCAACGCCAGCGAGGUGUUCGCCCCCGCCGCCUCGUCCUUCCACUGCCGGCACGUCAGCAGCCUGACCCGCCACGGGGGCCUGCUGACCCCCCACGGCCCGCACACACACACCUGGAGCCUCACCUUCACAGACUUCCAGAUCCAGGCGUUCGACGUCUCCUCGGGGAAGUUUUCUCCGGCGAGCGACUGCGCCGCCUUCCUGACGCCGGCCAUCCUGAUGGGCCUGGUCACCUCGCUCAUCCUGCUGCUGGUGCUCGCCUACGGCCUGCACAUGCUCGUGCACCUCAAACACAUCGAGCGCUACGAGGAGCACAAGGCCGCCGCUGCCGCCGCCGACCUGCCCCGCAGCCCCGAGCCGCCGGGGCGCCGCCGCCAGCCCGACGCCGCCGACAACCACUCCCUGUAGGGCCUCCUGUCUUUAGAGACGGCUUUCAGAGCACGCCGCUGACAUCUGGAGGUCUGGGUUACACUCUGAGCUUAACGCCACGCGGGAAUCGAACCGGCAGCCUCCCCACAGCGCCGCUGUGAUGUCAACCUGCACAGGAAAACCGAUCAGAGGAACCACAUCACUGCCCUCAGAACCGGACGGGUCGCCCUGCACCGACACCUCAGCCUCUUCAGCCCGGCCCGUCCCGUCAGCGGGUUCAUCGUCGCUGUGCGGCUGAACUUCAUUCAAACCCACAGAACUUUAUUUAAAAUUGUAGCUGAGAUCCUCAAGUUUCCCAAAGAUCGCAAACAUGAGCUGCUACGUCUAAAAUGAGGCAUAAGACAUGUAGAUCUUUUCUGUUUGAUGUGAUUCUGCAGCUAUAAAACAACGGCAGCUCGG